UUUAACGUUUGAACCGAUAUCAUAAUAAUGAUAGUGUCUAUAGUGUUAUGUGCUGUUAUUAUUCUCGCAUUAUUGAUAUAUCUUAAUAGUCUAAUUCAUGAAAGGUACUGGAAAAAGCGAGGAGUUGUCUUCAGCGAUCAAUAUAGAUACAUGACUCCGAUCUGGGAAUUUUUGACAACAAAUCAACCCUUUUUCAAGAUUCUGCAAAACGUUUAUGACAAACAUCCAACGGAACCGGCAGUGGGUAUCGGCGCUUUUUUCACACCUACUCUGUUCGUACGAGAUGCUCAGAAUAUCCAGCAUGUAAUGCAAAAUGACUUCAGUUCUUUCAACCACAGAGGUAUAGAGAUAACCCGUAACGACAAGUUGGCUGACAACGUUUUAUUUGCGAACGGUACACGAUAGAAAGUCUUGAGACAAAGCAUGAGCCCAUUAUUCACAGCUAAUAAACUAAAAAACAUGUACAAUAUACUUGACAAAAGUGCCAAAGAUUUCGUAACAUACAUGAAAGAUAAUAAACAGCUGUGGACUACUGACGCGUACGAUACCCUCAGCACAUUUUGCUCGGCCGCCGUAGGAGCUUCAGUGUUUGGUAUCACAACCAAGUCUAUUUUCGAUUCACCUUUCCUCGAUAUGGCACGGAAAGCUAUUCAGUCAUCAUUUGUAUUAAAUCUGAAAUUCGCUGCGCUCGUCAUAAGCUACAAAGCAGGAAAAUUUUUUAACGUCCAAGUUUUCAAGAAAUACGAAGACUUUUUUAUCACUGCUAUCGAAAAUGUAAUGCAACAAAGGCAAGCUGAUAAAAUCAUCAGGAACGACUUUAUAGAUCAUUGUAUAACUUUGCAGAAAAAUGAAGUAUUGCGUGAUUCUUCUACGGGAUAUGAGAUAAAACCAACGACUGACGUGCUGGCUGCUCAAGGUUUCUUUUUCUACAUCGCUGGUGUAGACCCUAGUGCCGCUGCUAUGUACGCUACUUUGGCUGAACUAGGCAGACACCCUGAGAUUUUACAACGUGUUCAUGAUGAAAUUGAUGAAACAUUUGAAAAACACAACGGACAGUUGACUCACGAUGUGGUACAAGACUUGGAAUAUCUGGACAAAGUGUUGAGCGAAAGUAUGAGAAUGUAUCCACCGAUAGGCUUCUUAAACCGAGAAUGUGUCGAAGACUCAGUCCUACCGGUUGGUAAUAUAAAAGUGGAAAAAGGAACAAAAAUUUUCACGCCAAUUUACGCGAUUCAUUAUGAUGAGAAAUAUUAUCCCGAUGCUAAAGUUUUUAACCCGGAUAGAUUCACUAAGGGUGGGAUGCAAACGACUUUGAGCGACUCAAUCUAUAUGCCAUUUGGGAAAGGCAACAGGCUGUGUAUUGGGGCGAGAUAUGCGCGACUACAAGUUAAGGCUGGUCUCGUGCACCUUCUGCGCCACUUCUCUGUAGAGACCAUUGUAGGACCAGGCGGAAUCAAAUUUAAAAAGGAAUUUGUACAGUUGAGACCAAUAAAUCUAAAAGUAUAUUUCAAGCCCAGGGACACGAAAGUCUAAACGUGUACCGUAAUAGUGACUCGAUUACCACAGACUACAAGAGGACCGUUCUAGUGCUAAAAGGUUAGCAUCUCCUUUUAAAGAUUCUUUUAAACAGUGCCGAGUUAUUCAGUGUUAUUAUCUAUUAAAUCAUUUUUUUUUUUGUUUUUAAUAAGAUAAACACGGACAACAAAUUUUUAUCAGUAAAUAAAUACGAAUUUAUAAUAAUAAUGAAAUGAACAUAUUACAUAACGUAAUAGCUACUAAAAUGUAAACUAUAACAGCUCCACAAAAAGAGUAGAUAAAAGGAGUAAGUGUAUGUAAACGUGUAUAUUAUUGAAUUAGUAAAUAGUAUUUGCAUAUUUUCAAAGUUG